AUGACUCAAGAAGAAAGAGAUACCAGGAGUACUCAUACGCUAACUUCCAUUUCAUCAUUGUCAUCCUCAACAUUUGCUCAUUCACCUCAUGAACCAAGAAGAAUACCUCAAGAAGAUGUGGAACCAAAACCUUUUAUUAAGGAGGAUGAUGAUGAUGAUGAUGAUCAUAGACCAUUUAAAGAUGAUUAUUAUAAUGAUGACCUUGAUUCAGAUAUAGUUAAUGCUUAUUAUCCAGAUGGUGAUGAACGAAAUUUAUAUAGUACCGUAAUCAAAGAAGAACCACAUCGAAAGAAGAGUCUUUAUCGAAAAUUUUAUGAGGCCGCUUAUCCCAGGUACAUUAUUAACCAUCUCGAUUAUAAUUCAUUCAAAGUUGUAUUUAGAAGUUGGGCACAUAUAUGGAGUGGGAUUAUAUUAACUAUUGUUCCACUCACAGCUACUUGGUUAGGUUCUGCCAAUUAUUUAACUCAAAUUGUUACAUUUAUAAUUAUAAGUGGUGGUAAUUCUAUGAUUGCUAAUAUAAUACAAGGUGUUUCAUUUUUCAGUGGUGCUUUAAUUGCAUUUGUACAUCAUGUUGUACGAAGUAAAAUCAUAAAUGAUUUACAUGGUGGUAUUACUGCUGAACAAUUGACUCAAAAUUUAAUUAAUGAAGGAUCUUGUCAACCUGGUCCAACUUUAGAAGAUUGUAUUCAAAAGCAAAUCUAUUCAGGUAGAUAUAUCACAACUAAAACUGUGGCAAUUUCUGCAUUAUCUAUGAUUACAUGUAUGUUUAUAUUGGGUAAUAUUAGGCAAAGAGUACAUCCAUUAAUGAUGAGCGGAUAUAUUGGUGGUUCUAUUGGUAAUGUUAUUUUUACAUGUUAUGGACAUUUUUCACCAUUAUAUGAACCUCUUACAAUUGGUGUUUCAGUUUUGAUACCUAUGGGUGCUUCAAUUAUGUUAAAAUUAGGUUGUUCGUUUUUUAUUUUCCCAACAACUUCAAAUCAUGAUUAUUUUAAAGGACUACAAGGAAGUUUAAAUAAUUUAAGAGCCAUAUGUAAGAAAAAUAUGAAAUUAUACAACACUUUAAAACCAUCUGCUCCAAAUUUUACAAAUUACAAAGCUUUCAAAGGUGAUAUUACUAAAUUAAGAGGGGCAAUGGCUCCUUUAGAAAUUAUAGCUUCUACCAUAUGGCUAGAAUUAUCAUAUGGACGAUUCGAUACUGGUGAUGUUGGUGAAUUUAGAUCACUAUAUAAAAAUUUAAUUUCUGCAACGGCUAGUUUUGGUUAUUUUUAUCAAUUAUUACAAGAAAGAAGCUUUUUUGCAAGAGAUGAUUUUGCAAUAACAAGAAGAAAAUCAACUACAAGUUCUCAUUUAGAACAUGGACACGCUAAAUUAUUUCUGGCUUUUCAAGAUUCUUAUAAAAAAGUAGGUGAAUUUGAAAUGAGAAGAAGAAUGAAGAUUUUAAGAAAAAGGAUAAUGCAUCACGGGAAUGGUCAUAGAAUUAAUAUUAAUGACAUUGAUAAUAUAGCAAGAUUUAUAACAAAAACUUUUAAUCCAUUACUAGAUGCUUCUGAAAUUGGUAUGGAAGCAUUAGCUGAAUGGUUAACUUAUGCAAAUGAAUUUAGAAUUUCUGCUUGGUUACCUGGUCAAUGGAAGAAAUGUAUAAAUCAACAACAAAAAGCAAAUGAGAAAUUAAGAAAUGCUAAAUCCGAAAUCAUGAAAAUUAAAGAUUCAUUCGACAAUAUUGAAAAAUUAAAAGAUGCAAUGUUUCACGAUUCAAGAAAUGAAGAUAGUUUAUUAUUUUUAAUUAGUCAAGGUAUUUUAUUUUUACAAAUUUCAAAACAUCAAUUAGAUAAUUUAAUUAAAUUAAUUGAUUUUGCAUUAGAUUUAGAUGAAAGAAGACCAACUCCACAAUUUAUUACAUUUUUUACAAAGACUAAAUUUGCAAAACCAAAGCAUUUAUCUUCUGAUAUUGAUGGUGAUAUCCCAGAUUAUUUACAAUCAACAAUUCAAAGAAGAGAUGCUGAUAAUUUACCACCAUCAAAUGUAAUACAAGUUUUAGGCUUCCAUUCAUUAAAAGUUGUUAGAUAUUUUAUGAGUGAUAAUUUUUGGUUUUGGAUUAGAGCUGGUGGAUUAUUAGUCAUUGGUGCAAUUCCAUAUUUUGUAAGAACUACUGCUGAAUGGUAUUAUAAUAGUAGAAUGGUUUGGUUAUGUAUUAUGAUUGCAGUUUCGGUUUCUGAAAAUACUGGUCAAACUGUAUAUAAUUGUUGUGCAAGAAUUAUAUAUUCAUUUUUUGGUUGUUUAGCAGGCAUGGUCGCAUGGUAUAUUUCAACAGGUAAUGGUAAUGGUAAUGAUUAUGGAUAUGGCGCUGUUACAGCAGUUGUAUUUGCAUAUUUAGCUUAUUUUAGACAUUUUUCAAUUCAUUCAACUCCGGCACCUGGUAUUUUAUUAGGUAUUACUACAAAUUUAGUUUUGGGUACUUCUUGGUUAGAUACUCAUGGUAAUAAAGCUGCAAAUGUUGGAAAAGGUUUUACACCAGCUUGGAUUAGAUUUGUUUCAGUUUGUAUUGGGUUAGCUAUUGGUUGUUUAUUAACAUUUGUCCCAACUCCAAAAUCAUCAAAACAUAUUUUGAGGAAAUCAUUAGGUAGUUUAUUAUCAGAAGUUGGUAAUUUACAUUGUGAUGUUUCAAAAUUUGCCCUUAGAAGAUCUCAAGAUGCAAAAAUUACAAUUCAAGCACGUCAUGAUAUUUUGUUAGCUAAAUUUCGUUUUUUAUUUAUGAAAAUUGCAAGUUUAUCAAAAUUAAUAGUUCCUUUACAAUUUGAAUUGCCUAUUUCGGGAUAUUGGCCAGAAUCAAAAUAUCACAGAUUACAAGGUUUAUUAUCUGAUGUAUCACAAUUAUAUUUUAUGUUAUUACUUGCAUUUAAUGAAUUACAAGAUCCUGAAACUUGGAUACCUAUUAUUAUUAAAAGAGUUGGAUUUUGUUACGCUGAUUUAGAUGCUGAAAUUUUUUCCACUAUUCAUAUGGCAUCAAAUGCUUUAAUGACUAAAGAUGCAUUACCGAAAAUUACAGAAGCAAAUGUUUCAGUUAGACAUAUGGAAUAUUUAAGAGGUCAAUGGGGAUUAAAUAGAAUAUCAUUAAGUGAAAGAUUUUAUAAUGAAGAAAAAUUUCAAAGUGAAAAUUCAAUAAUUGAUCAUUUGGAUUUUCAGAAGUUUUUUAGUAAUGACGGUCAAUUGAAUAUACUAUCUUUAUUAGUUGCACAUAUGAUAUAUAAUAGAAUAGAUGAGAUAAUGAUUGUGGUAAAGGGAUUAGUUGGUGAAUUAUAUGACUUUGAUGAAAAUAUACUAUUGGAUGAUAUGGAUAAAGAUUUAGAAGAUAGUGAAAAUGAUGCAUUAUUGAACGAUUAA